CCAUCUGUCUAAACUAGUACAUGCCUUAGGGGUUAGGUGGACUUGUUUCAAAAAUAGCGGAUUGGGAAUUGGCAGAACUGCUCCGUUCAUGACUCCGUUUCUCUCUCCAAAAAGAAGAAAAAAAAGACACUCCGGGCGCCGCCACUAUAUCAAGAGGACUUGCUAAUCUGUUUGCAUCGCGGCACCUGUCUCCAAUCGACGCAGGUUCGUUCUGGGAUAGUCACCAGGAAGGAAGGAAGAGGAGUUGUCAGAUUCUUGCUCAGUCCGUGUUUGACAAGUAACCAUGAAUCGCCCUUUUGUGAAUCUGGUGGUCAGUAAAUUGAGCGGUCGCCGCCCGGUCUUGAACCUUCACCGCAUCGAUCCGGCAGGCUUGUUCCACCCUGCCGCUGCCGCUGCCGGAUCAGCAGUGCCGGCUCGCGGUCGGAUGCCUCCCGCCGCCGUAUCCUUUGACUGGCCCUGCCCUGGGUGGAUGAGCCUCAUGGCCAUCAAGAACGAUGUAAUUGCCACCGACCACGAGGGCCGCACCCUCUUCUACGACGGCUCAUUAAGGGCCAUCCGCGCCAUGAGUCCAAUCACCUACCCCAUGCCAAGCUCCAUCUCUUUCACCGUCGGCGAUGAGUUGUACGUCCUGGGGCGCGAGCCCGGCCGGUCGCGUCAGCUGCAGCCUUUCCAGCGACUCCGCCUCAAGGAUUGGCGGUGGUCUCGCAGCGAGCCGCUCCCCACCGUGAACAUCGACCGCAGCGACCCAACCUACUUCCCCUACAAGCUGGGGGUGGAGGAGGCGUACGACCCGUAUGCGCUUGCCGCCCACACGGUGGUAGACGACUCGCACAUCUGGGUGUCGACGCUCGGCGCCGGCACGUACAGCUUCGACACGGACGGCGGCAGGUGGAGCAAGAUCGGUUGCUGGGCGCUGCCUUUCAGAGGCCGCGCCGAGUACGUCCCCGAGCGCGGCCUCUGGUUCGGCUUUUCUGCUCAGGACGAGCACCUCUGCGCCGUUGAUCUCCAGCAGGAGCGGCCGGUACUGCCAAGUCGGGUCUUCCCCCUGCUGCAUGUUUGGGAAGACCAGCCGCCGCGGCCGCCGGAGGGGUGGACACUCACAGCGUCACACCUCCUGCCGCUUGGCUCAAGCAAGCUCUGCGUUUCCAAGUUCUUCCGGAGAACUCAGGGGCAGCCGUCGUCGGAGCACACGCACCGCAAGAAAGCUGACAGCCUUGUGGUGCUCGCUGGGGUGGAGAUUAUCAAUGAUCCUGCAGGCACAGGAAGCCUCCAUAUCAUCAGACACAAGUCCGUGCGCUACAACGUCAGUGGAAACGUCAAACCCCUGUGAUUAUUUCACUACUUGUAGGAGUAUAUUGCAACAUCAAAAAGAUGACUAUGCGCUCUUCAAGAGAAUAUGUGUUGCAUCAGCUACUGGCCAUUACUAGCUUACACAUAGUACAUUGGUUGGCACAACAUGAGUGUCUCAACUUACAAAGCAAUACAAAUAAAAAAGUACGUAGGUGACAAACCGC